AUGACAACAUCCCUUGAAUACUUGAGCAGCAGAGUUAUGAGGAAUAUAAAAUAUGCAAGGACGUUUCAAUGCUGCCAAAACUUGGCCAAAACUUUUUCCUUUGAGUCAUUUGAGAAUAUUGUUACUAAAAUUCUAGACAAGUCAAAUGAAAACCUGGUAAGGGUGAUAGCACUAUCCAACGCCAAUCUUGAAAAAAUAUUUGAGAAGUUCGACUCUAGUCUUACAAGAGUCAUCGAAAGGUCAAACGAAAACUUGCGCAAAUCAAUGGCUCAUUCUGAAGGAUUGAUGAGCAAACUCUUCGAAUCAACGUUACUUCGAAUGGAGGCCCUCAGCAAUAGUUUUGAGCGAGCGGUUCGAAGCAUGUCUGAUGCAGUGACGGAUUCGAUGAAUCAGCUCCACACAGCCAUGUCCACAUUGGGCACCAAUAUUGCCCAAUGUCAAAUUCAGAUGCUGAAGAUCAACGAAACGUCAAUGAUUGAGCAAAUGACAAAGGCUCUGUGGACAGUAGAACAGGAGAAGAAAGAUGAAGAGCAUUGGGCCAACAAUGCCAAGCAAGCAUUUCUCAAACGACAAGCACGACGCCUUCCAAAAUUAAGCGGUGACAAAAUCAAAUUGGACGACCAAAAAAAGAUCAGCCCUUUCGUUAAGAUCAGACCUCUUCGAAUGGCUUUGACCAACACCAAAAGUCUAAAAAACAAGCAGAACGAUUUAAUUUUAUUUUUGUUGGACUACGAUCCCGAUAUAUUUUUUGUUGUCGAAACAUGGCUACCCCCUGAUGAUCCUGAUGAGAUAUUCUUACCGCCUGGCUACGCUUUUGUUAGAAAAGAUCGCGGUCUCAGAAGCAUCAAAUUAUUCGACAUCACUGAAUCGCUCAUCAUCUUACGCAUCAAAUAUGCAGCUCCCUUCUGGUCUGGUUUUGCUACACAACAACAACUACAGCAACUACAAUCUCUCAUCAAAAAACUAAUUCGCUUCAACUAUCUACCUGCAUCAUAUCCUAACGUCACUCAGAUAUUCAACAAACUCGAUUCAAGGCUGUUCAAAAAAGUAGAAAAUAACAACAGUUACGUCGUCCAUCCUCUACUAACACACAAUCUUCGUCAGCACAAACAUAACUAUCAAGUCGUCUCCCAAUCUACAUACCAGGAGAAGACCUUCAUCACAAGACACCUCAAACCUAUUAAUACUCACUAA